UUCUCCGCUCUAAUUGUUAGACCAGGGCUGACUUCCUGCCAGACUUGUGUUUUGUUUUGUCAAAUUAGUUUCAAUUAAAAUCAAAUUCAGCUCGUGAAAAAUGUCCUACGGUCAAGGCUACAAUCCCUACGGCCAGCCCGGUGGAGGCUAUGCAGCACCACCAGGCGCUUUUCCACCCCAAAACUCACAGGCCUCCUCACAGGCGCAGCAAUGGUUUGCCAUGGUGGAUAGGGACCGUUCUGGAAAAAUCAACGCUUCCGAGCUGCAGGCGGCGCUGGUCAAUGGGCGUGGCGACCACUUCUCGGACAACGCAUGCAAACUAAUGAUUAGCAUGUUCGACAACGACGCUAGCGGCACCAUCGAUGUGUACGAGUUCGAAAAGCUUUACAACUACAUUAAUCAAUGGCUGCAGGUCUUCAAGACCUACGAUCAGGACUCCUCUGGCCAUAUCGAGGAAAGCGAGCUGACUCAGGCCUUCACGCAGAUGGGCUUUCGGUUUUCGCCUGAAUUCAUCAACUUUCUGGUGAAGAAGAGCGAUCCACAGACCCACAAGGAGGUGUCGGUGGACCAGUUCAUUGUACUUUGUGUGCAAGUUCAGCGCUUCACGGAGGCCUUCCGUCAGCGGGACACGCAGCAAAACGGAACAAUCACCAUAGGCUUCGAAGACUUUUUGACAGUGGCAAUCGGCUGCUCAUACUAAACUUCGAGCAUACGAAACUGUUUCCAAAGCAAUCCAAACUCUUGCACACGGCACAGCCAUCAGACACAACACUCAUUUUUUUAUUCCGUUUACUGUGCAUUUUGUUUCAAUUUAUAUGGUGUUUGCUAGCUUAGGUAUUCGUCCUCUCACAUUCAUGUUAUUGCAAUCUCCUGGUACCAGAAUCACCUUUCAAAAGUAUUUGUUAUAUCAGCUCGACUAACACAUAGUACAAAGUGUCUUGCGCCUAAAAUAAAGUACAUAGUUUUAUAAAACGAAA